UAUGAUCAGUAGCCAAAAUUUAUUCAAACGAAGACAGUGCCUUCGUUUAUAAACGAAUAAUUUUUGACAUUGACAGUUAGUAUUCCUCAAUAAUUUUUGUGAGAGAAAAUGAGCAUUUUUUCUAAUUUCUGAAAGAUUAAUAAUAUUUUAAGCCUUGUACUAAGUAGGUAACUAGAUUAUAGAAAUGGCUAAAAAUAUCAAUAAACUGUUCGUGAAAAAAAUAUUAGGACUAUCGCCGGCGUUUCAAUCGGUUAGGUUAUAUGCAAGGUGGUCACAUAGAUCUACGGCUAAAGUUUUGUUACCUUUUGACGAAAAAUCGAAAGGAAAUAUUAAAAAAGAAAAGGUGAUUGACCUGGAUCCUUCCAUCUUCAACAAGUCCAAAGCUCUCAAAGAAAGUAUUACAUCAGAAAUAGACAUAAAAAAUCAAAACAAACAAUCGACUUUGGCGCCUGAAAAAUCUCAACAAAUUAAACAAAAACGAGAAGAAAAGUUGAAAAAGCUCAAGUUUAAUCUUAGCCAACAGAAAGUUUUUGAUGAGAAUAGCGAAAUAAUAUAUGAAAAAUUGAAAGAUAAUGAUGCGCGAGUAAGUUCUCUUUUAGUAAAAUUAAAGUCAAAGAAGGAAAGAAUGCGGUCAGGACACAUGCUAGUUGAAGGCUGGAGACUUAUAAUGGAUGGUUUGGAGGCUAAGUGCCUGUUGAAAUAUGUAUUCUUCAGUAGAAUUGAUGAAUUGAACCGUUUACGACCAUUCUUACCAAAAACUGGAGUUCAACUGUAUAAAAUUCCAUACAAGGAGGUGACACUUUGGUCUGAUCUUGAAAAUAGUCCUGGUAUUUUUGGUGUGUUUGAGACUCCUUCAGCAGAGAAUGUAAGGACACAAUCAAAACCUCUGCCACUUCAGUUCAUUUGUGACAACAUAAGAGUUCCUGGUAACUUAGGUGCCAUACUUAGAGUGGCUGUUGGUGCCGGCUGCGAGAAAGUACUGCUAUCAAAAGGUUGUGUUGAUGUUUGGGAUCCAAAAGUGGUACGAAGUGCUGCCGGCGCGCAUUUCAGACUACCUAUUUAUCAUUCUAUAGAUUGGAAUGAAAUGCCAAACCACAUGGAGGCAGAUACAUCAUUAUUUAUUGCUGAUAGCAACACUACACCUGUUGAAGAUGCUACAGAAGCUGAUGAUAAGCUUGAAAGCUUACAAAUGCGAGUGUUGCCAUAUUAUGGUGUUGAUUUCACAACCUUAAAACACACAACUUUGAUAAUUGGCGGAGAAACAGAAGGCGUUAGUUACGAUAGUUAUGCGCUAGCAGGAAAACAUAACGGUUUACGGCUAAAUAUUCCUUUACAAAGAGGAGUUGACAGUUUAAAUACUGGAAUGGCAGCCGCUGUUAUUGCAUUCGAAAUAAGAAAACAAUUAAUAAAAAAAUGGACUCAAGAUAAACUCGAAAGGCAAUUUUCUGAAUCUAAGUAGUUAUGUAUUAUUUAACUAGUUGAUAAUAUUGUGUAGAUUAGUGUAGCUAUUAGUUAUUAAAUCAAGUUAAAUAAAAAACCGGUUUUUAAAUUAAUUAAAAUUAUGAAUUUCAAACUGUAGAUGCUAUUCUUAACUUGCUGACAUGAUUAACAGAUUCAUUCUUAUCAAAAGAAAAGCUUAGACCUACACAAAUUGAUUUAAUUCAUGUUUUAUUUUCAAACAAACUGCUAAUUGAUGUUUUCUCCUCUGUCAAUUUUUAUACCAAGAAUGUGAUAUACAACAGAAAAACAACAGUACAGUUAAAAAUUGACAGAUUAACACUGACCUAUAUUGAAUGAGAUGCCAUGUACAGGGGAAAGCCAGUAAACAAAGUGCUAGACGAAGGAUCAGAGAUGGUCUUUUAUUUUCAACUGCUGUCAGAGACACCUAUCGAAUUCCUUUGGUACUUUUACACCUUGCUUCUCACGAAAAAAAAGCUAUCUGACAUCGGCUGAAAGAAGUCGCUGUUAUCAAAUGGCUACGUGCUAUUCAAAUGCCAUUCAAAAUAAUGCCACAGAUAUCUUUUCUUUACUUCAUAGAGCAGACCAAAAGACAUAGCCAAUAAUACGCCAUAAUGACGAGCGCCGUUUGGUUUAGUUUUAAAUAGUAAUGUUAACCGCGCCGUUCGUUUUACUCUACGGUAAGCGGAAUAAAAAAAUGAAAACUUUGGCGCAACAAAGAUUUUAGUGCUUUUAUUCCAUCCUGGGCUCCUACCUUCACGUCUUAAAAUGAUAUUGUUACGGUUAUAGAAGAGAGGUGCUGCUCUAUGCCAUGUAUUGCGUCGUCACACUUUCACAACCAUGAUAAUAUUACCUACUUUAAAUUGUGUUGGUAGACUCCCAAUGUUGCAAAAGGAUAACAUCACAUUGAAGUAUUAUUAUUAAAUGGCACUGCCAUGGGUACGGCUGAGUGAAGUUGUCUUUAUUUCUCUUACCACACUUUCUACUACCCUGCAGCAUUAUUAUUUUGCCCACGUAUGUGUCCAGUUCUUUCUUCUCAGCAUACAUAGAUAAAUUAUUCAUAAAUAGUUUACCUAAUUUUGACACCUUUGGCUCUAUACAAAAAAAGAGACAGCACCCUACGUCAUGUAGCUCGCUGUCUUGCUUCCGCAACUGCAAAAAUAAACUAAGAAUAUUAGAUAUUUUCGGCCCACAGAUAUGUUCCUUAACUUACUUAUACCUACUUAACAACUAUGUUUAGUCAGUAAAAUAGCUUAUGAUAGCAUUCGAUACCGGCAACUGGCAUUUGUUACGGACUGUGAUUGUUAUUUCUAUCUCAGCGGCCCCGAGGCACUUACGAAGCCCUUUUGUACCCCCGGAGAGGUCGGACAGUAAUUUAAUAUUUUAUUGAAGGAAAAUUGACGGAAAACUAAGGAAUAUUAGGUAUCUGCUUAAAGUUACUUUAUCAGAGAAAGGUUUUUAUGUUUCGUAUCUCUACUACUUACAACUAUGUUUAGUCAGUUUCUGUUGCAAGAAUUGGAUGAUAUUGCGUGAUGAUUGUUGUUUCGGUACAAGAAAUGUAUUUCUUUAAUGUUGAACCGUAGAAGAUAAGAAAGAACUAGUAAUAAGAAACUAUUAAAUA